GGAAAUUUCUUCUCCAUAAAAUCGUGUGAGAUCUGGACACAAUGUGGAUCAAGUUGGAGCACACGCACCAAAGUCACCACUCAGUUGAAUCUCGCUGAAGCUUACAGGAAAGUGGGGAAGAUAGAAGACGCCAUGGUGAUUGGUGAAGAGGCGAUGAAAAUAGCGAUUGAAAACGACGAUCGGUCAUGUCAAGCUUACGCUAUGUUGUGUUUUGCUGAUAUACAUCGUGUACGGAAAGAUGAAGAAAGAUCGUUACCAAGGUAUAACUCAGCAUCAGGGCUCAUGCUGGAUACGGGCGACCAGUUCGGAUACAUGAUGUCAACUAUAGGGAAAGCUAAAUUGUAUCUGCAGACGAAAGAUUAUCAAAAGGCAAUCCAAGAAUAUUUUGCGGGUCAAAAAAUAGCUGAAGCUAUUGGCAACAAGAUUACGUCCAUGCAUAUCCACGGUGAACUGGCUCUCUUGUUUCAACGAUUAUCCAACCAAGACGAAGCGAGAGUGAGAACCCUAAGAUAUCAUCGACUUCUCGAAACUAUGGAACUGUUUUGCGGUAUAUGCGCUGAACCGAUGGCGGAGAAAAACGAACAGCUUGAAGCUCUUCCAUGCUCGCAUUUUUUCCACUUAAAAUGUGUUUCCAAUAACGACGCUUUGGAAAUGCGGAUGUGUCCUAGUUGCCAGAAGAAGCCAAUGAAGCAAGCCACGCUAUGACGUUUCCAUUUCCCAAUACCAACCAUAUGUUUAUAUUCCCUGCUAUAUAUAGUCAAGCAGUUGUUGUUUAUGGUACGACGGUAACGUGGGUGCUGUCAGAUAUCUCAAUAUAGGUUUUAUAUAGCAGGAACUAUAGUCUCAGUGAGAAGAAGCUGUACAGUAUUUUUUGGGGAGUAAUUUUAAUUUAACUACUUUUUGUAAACAGGGGUUGCAACAAUCUGUCUACACAGACUGUUGCUAUAGUACCAUGUGGGGUAAGUUGCUGGGAUGCCGUUUAGUUAGUACAUAAAACCUAUAUUUCCUGAUCGUGUUUUUUAACAAUAAACAACGCUCUUUUAGAGUCGCGGGGAUUGCGAUUAUAUAGUUUUGUAAAUAUUAUUUAUUUGCUACUAGUUAGUCCGAGAAAACAAAAUUAUAACAUGGCUCAUCUUACCCCACCAAAUUGGGCGAGUAACACUCUACCAUGCACCCUACUACAUGUAUAACCUUCUGUACUAUAUAACCGGUAUACUGCAUUCUUUUCCAAAAUUAUAAAAGUUGAGUAACUAUGAUUUAAAUCGCAGCUCUAAUCUAUUAGAUUUUAUCCGAUACCAUAAACCCCAAUAUACAAUCGUUCAGUUUAUACACGUGUCAGAAUUGUUAACACACCAGACAGCAAAGCCCGCCAUUUCUAAGCGGCUCAUAGUAUACAGCAACGAAUGGUUGAGGUAACAGACGCGUUACAGGUACACAGGAUUGUUUUAUGGUCAUUUUUUAUCGCCAUCACUGAAUAGGCAGACCUUAUUUAUCUACCCAGCAGUAACUGUUAAACCAAAGCAUUUAGCACAAGGUAUAGCUAUUACUUAUGGCUAAAUAUUUUUAUUUGAAACAAACAAUCACAACGCUGACUGUGAUAACGACUUGUAUUGUUGUGCUUGGAUAUUUGAAGCUGAUUAGGUACGAAGAGGGAAAAUUAAUAAUUCACGUCCACAGAGCAAAUCUAAACAAAGCUACAUCAAACGAUCAAUAUGUCCCUACAGCACCACAAACAACAUUAUCAACACAAACAGAGGAAGCAAAUAGAAGAAAAGUUAGUUUGAAGUCGGACUGUC